GGCCGGACUACCAUUCCUUUGUAAGUAAUACUUGCAUGUAGUUAGGCUGUUCGCCCUGACGGCUCUCGUAGGCGCAUGUGAUGUGUAAACAUAAAGUCAUACAGUCAGAUGUUACAGAAGAUUUCGAUGUGUGUUUUUUCCCCCCUUCUUAUUCAAUUGGAUGCAGUGAAUCAGUCAAUUCGGUGUUUAAUUCAAAUGUAAAUGUUUGCCCAUAUCAAUUUAUUUUCAGAAUAUUUGUAACGAGAGGUGAACUGUUUGGGAAUUUUGACAAUAGCGCUUUUCCGAUUGUCUCGUUCUUUAAAAGUAUUUUUUUUUAAAAAUAAAUAAUCAAAACCUAACCACAUCUCACUUACUGGUAAAGUGCAAUCGUUCAUUGCAGAUCGUUCUUGAUCUUAUGACUGUACCGUCACCUCAGCCCAGUCAUCAAUACAUUCAUCUCAGUACAACGCUGACCACGCAUGGUCACAGAGGAGUUAUCGAUCUUGGCCCAUGAGCUGCACCAAUAUAACGGCCAUCAAACAAACUAAUUAAUGCAAGGUCGGCCUGCAGUAGGAGAAUAUUAAUCAAAGCCCCCCAAGGUCAAGGUCUCCCCUGGUCCUGGCUACCAGACAGCAGUCUCACCACAUUUGAUCGGGGUAAGUUUUCCCUUUAUGGCCAAGUUUGACUUUCUUCUGUGGAAACUGUUUUUGUCCCAAAUUGAUGAUCAUGUCCAACUGUUGAUUGUGUUACCUAAUUCAGUCCGAAUAGUUGACAGCCGUGGUGUCAGUCUCAAUGGUUUGAUAACCGUGGUGUCAGUCUGAAUGGUUUGAUGGCCGUGGUGUCAGUCUGAAUGGGUUGAGGGCCGUGGUGUCAGUCUGAAUGGUUUGAUAGCCGUGGUGUCAGUCUGAAUGGUUUGAUAACCGUGGUGUCAGUCUGAAUGGUUUGAUGGCCGUGGUGUCAGUCUGAAUGGUUUGAUGGCCGUGGUGUCAGUCUGAAUGGUUUGAUAACCGUGGUGUCAUUCUGAACGGUUUGAUAGCCGUGGUGUCAGUCUGAAUGGUUUGAUGGCCGUGGUGUCAGUCUGAAUGGUUUGAUGGCCAUGGUGUCAGUCUGAAUGGUUUGAUAGCCGUGGUGUCAGUCUGGAUGGUUUGAUGGCCGUGGUGUCAGUCUGAAUGGUUUGAUGGCCGUGGUGUCAGUCUGAAUGGUUUGAUAGCCGUGGUGACAGUCUGAAUGGUUUGAUAGCCGUGGUGUCAGUCUGAAUGGUUUGAUAGCCGUAGUGUUAGUCUGAAUGGUUUGAUAGCCGUGGUGUCAGUCUGAAUGGUUUGAUAGCCGUGGUGACAGUCUGAAUGGUUUGAUAGCCGUGGUGACCGUGGUGGCAUUCUGAUUGGUUUGAUGGCCGUGGUGGCAGUCUGAAUGGUUUGAUGGCCGUGGUGUCAGUCUGAAUGGUUUGAUGGCCGUGGUGUCAGUCUGAAUGGUUUGAUAGCCGUGGUGUCAGUCUGAAUGGUUUGAUAGCCGUGGUGACAGUCUGAAUGGUUUGAUAGCCGUGGUGUCAGUCUGAAUGGUUUGAUAGCCGUAGUGAUACCUGGUGAAGUGCAAUCGUAAACUGCAAAUCGUUGAAUGGUUUGAUGGCCGUGGUUGAUGCAUCACAUGAGCUUACGGACGUCAGCCUAAUAUUAAAAUAUUUUUAAAUUGAGAUUGUCCAGUGACCGUUAGCAAAAGCAUGGUGCUGAGAUGGUGUGUUUAGGCGUGGUGCUGAGAUGGAGUGCUGAGAUGGGGUGUUGGGAUGGAGUUCUGAGAUGGGGUGCUGAGAUGUAGUGCUGAGACGGAGUGUUGAGAUGGGGUGCUGAGGUGGAGUUUUUAAAUGGGGUGCUGAGAUGGAGUGCCACAAUGCCUAGAAGAUUGACUUGAUUUCUCUGGUGAUCGGAACAAAAAUCACAGGAAAAAAAGUCACUUUUUUCCUGCGACUUUGGCUUUUUUGUCUUAGUGUUAUUUAUUUUUUUCUGUGACUUUGGCUUUUUUUUUCUUAGUGUUAUUUAUUUUUUUCCUGCGACUUUGGAUUUUUUUUUCUUAGUGUUAUUUAUUUUUUCCUGCGACUUUGGCUUUUUUUUCUUAGUGUUAUUUAUUUUUUUCUGUGACUUUGGCUUUAUUUUCUUAGUGUUAUUUAUUUUUUUCUGCGACUUUGGCUUUUUUUUCUUAGUGUUAUUUAUUUUUUCCUGCGACUUUGGCUUUUUUUUCUUAGUGUUAUUUAUUUUUUCCUGCGACUUUGGCUUUUUUUUUCUUAGUGUUAUUUAUUUUUUUCUGAGACUUUGGCUUUUUUUUUCUUAGUGUUAUUUAUUUUUUCCUGCGACUUUGGCUUUUUUUUCUUAGUGUUAUUUAUUUUUUCCUGCGACUUUGGCUUUUUUUUUUUUAUUGUUAUUUUUUUUUUUCUGGGACUUUGGAUUUUUUUUUUUUUGUGUUUUUUUUUUUUUAUUUUUUUUUUUUUUUUGUGUCUUUGUUUUUUUUUUUUUUUGUUUUUUUUUUUUUUUCCUGCGUUUUUGUUUUUUUUUUCUUUGUUUUUUUUUUUUUUUUCUGUGUCUUUUUCUUUUUUUUUCUUAGUGUUAUUUAUUUUUUCCUGCGACUUUGGAUUUUUUUUUCUUAGUGUUAUUUAUUUUUUCCUGCGACUUUGGCUUUUUUUUCUUAGUGUUAUUUAUUUUUUUCUGUGACUUUGGCUUUUUUUUCCUUAGUGUUAUUUAUUUUUUUCUGCGACUUUGGCUUUUUUUUCUUAGUGUUAUUUAUUUUUUCCUGCGACUUUGGCUUUUUUUUCUUAGUGUUAUUUAUUUUUUUCUGUGACUUUUUUUCCAGGCAAUUAUUUUCUAUAUACUACUGCGUCUUCAACAUGUGUGUCCGGAAAAUGUUUGCACAUAUGGAAGCGCAAAUUGAUUCAGGUUGGCUUGACCUGCCCCCCACCCCAAUCCUACGCCAACUGCAGCCCACCCACGUGACUGCACGCCGCCACUGACAGAACAUUUUUGUCUCGUCUUAAAUUGUAUUGAAACCCCCUAGCCAGUGUUUUUUUUUGAACGUGCUGUAUCACGAUAGGCUUAGUUUCUGCGUUCAAUCUGUGACCAAGGAAAUGCCGAGUCUUGAAAUGAGAGGACAUGACGCUAAAAGGAGAACGUUUCGGCUAAACGCCUGCUUCGGAAAAACAGGAAACCACAAAUAAAUAGAAACGAGUUUUAAAAAGAAAACUUGAGCGUCUGUCGUUGGCUGUGUUGGAGGGAAGUGAAAAUGUGUGUGUGGGGGGGGGGGGGGGUUGGGAACACCGUAGUGCUGCCGGACGGCGUCGGCAUAUCAGUUCAGCCAAGUCAAACAUUAAACACCGUCUGCCGUCUCGCACGCCUUGCCUAAAUCAGUGGUCGACAACCCAUGACACACGCGCCAUUGACGUGCCAUUUCAAUGACACGCGGAACAGCAGAAAUAUUUAAAAAAUCGGGAGUGGGGGGAAAGAGUUUAAACGCGUUUGAUAAUUCAUGCGGUAGAUUUAUAGGCAGUUGUCCCGUUACUUUUGAAUAAUAUUACCAGGAUGUUACCGUGUCUGGAACAAAGCAAUAACAAGCUUCGUUGAGAUACUCAAAUGUCAAAUUUCAUUGAGAUACUCAAAAAUCAAAGUUUCAUUGAGGUACUCAAAUAUCAAGUUUCAUCGAGAUACUAAAAUAUGCAAUGCUUUUAAAUUUACUUUCUCAUUUAAACACAUAUUUUUUGUUUAGAACUUAAGCGCAUAGCUUUACUUUAAUUACAUUAGAAUAGAAGGCUGUAAUGCGAAUGUCAAGAGAUGAAAAAAGGCCCUCGACUUUCUCACUGUUCUGCCCAGAUGAAAUAUAUUCGUUACGUUCAGCGAUUCUCAACCUGUGGGUCGCGACCCCGUUGGGAGGGUCGUGCGACCCUUACACAGGGGUCGCCUAAGAUCAUAGGAGAACACAAAUACAUAUUAAUGGAGAGACAAUGAAAAUAAUUUUAUGGUCGUAGAGCUGUAUUUAAGGCUCGCGCAUUGGCAAGGUUGAGAACCACUGGCAUAGAUUGAGAACCAUUAAUAUAUAUUUUUUUCGAAUCCACCCAAAUGUGUAACUUCGGCUAUCGGUUUAAGAUGGCGGCCAACACGCGACUCACCUGGAUAGUGUACACUGUAUACAGUAUAGCUUAAACAAACAUGGACUAUUUAUUCAAUAAAAAGUUUCAAGAUAAGCCAGCGCAGAGGCGAAGGUAAAAGAGUGGCCCUCCCUGAGAAUCCAUACUUUAUUCUGCCCCCUUCCCACUCCCCCCACAAAAGAAAUUAUAAAGAAAAAAAAUAUAUGCAUUUUGCAGAAAAUGCCGCCCGUCCUUGUAAAGAACAAAGUGCCGCCUGGGGCGUACCGCCCCCCCUACGCAGCCCCCUUCCUACGCUAGUCAAUCAGUUGUAUCUCAAACCCCUUUUUUUGUCCCAUUGCUGCUAAAGUAACGCACACCCAUUUCUGUCACAUUACUGUGCUAUAGUUACGCACACCCCCAGUUAUGUCACAUUACUGUGCUAUAGUAACGCACACCCCCAGUUAUGUCACAUUACUGUGCUAUAGUAACGCACACCCCCAGUUAUGUCACAUUACUGUGCUAUAGUAACGCACACCCCCAGUUAUGUCACAUUACUGUGUUAUAGUAACGCACACCCCCAGUUAUGUCACAUUACUGUGCUAUAGUAACGCACAACCCCAGUUAUGGCACAUUAGUGUGCUUAGUAACGCACACCCCCAGUUCUGUCACAUUACUGUGCUAUAGUAACGUACACCCACAGUUCUGUCACAUUACUGUGCUAUAGUAACGCACACCCCCAGUUAUGUCACAUUACUGUGCUAAAGUAACGCACACCCCCAGUUAUGUCACAUUACUGUGCUAUAGUAACGCACACGCCCAGUUCUGUCACAUUACUGUGCUAUAGUAACGCACACCCCCAGUUCUGUCACAGUACUGUGCUUUUAGUAACUCACAACCCCAGUUAUGUCACAUUACUGUGCUAAAGUAACGCACACCUAGUUCUGUCACAUUACUGUGCUAUAGUAACGCACACCCCCAGUUAUGUCACAUUACUGUGCUAUAGUAACGCAACCCUAUUCUGUCACAUAACUGUGCUAUAGUGAUGCACACCCAGUUCUGUGACGAUUCCGUGUUUUAGUGACACCCUGAUAUGGGUGCACAUGUUUUAGUGAAACAUGAUCUGUUGGCACAUGUUUUAGUGACACACUGAUCUGAUGGCACAUGUUUUAGUGACACUCAGAUCUGAUAACACCCUUUAAUGGGUGAACAUGUUUUAGUGAGACCCUGUUCUGAUGGUACAUGUUUUAGUGACACCCUGCUAUGGGUGCACAUGUCUUAGUGAGACCCUGAUCUGAUAGCACAUGUUUUAGUGAGACCCUGAUCUGUUGUCACAUGUUUUAGUGACACCCUGAUCUGAUGGCACAUGUUUUAGUGACAUCCUGAUCUGUUGGCACAUGUUUUAGUGACACCCUUGUAUGGGUGCACAUGUUUUAGUGAGACCCUGUUCUGAUGGACAUGUUUUAGUGACACACUGAUAUGGAGGCACAUGUUUUAGUGAUACCCUUAUAUCGGUGCACAUGUUUUAGCGAGACCCUGAUCUGAUGGCACAUGUUUUAGCGAGACCCUGAUCUGAUGGCACAUGUUUUAGCGAGACCCUGAUCUGAUGGCACAUGUUUUAGUGACACACUGAUCUUGUGUAAACUUGCUUUUGUUUGGGACUUCGUUCAGUUAUGAAAUGGAAUCCAGGGAACUCUCAAAACAUUUCUUUUUUCUUUUUGAUUUUGCCCCCUGCGUGUGCGUCGUCUGUUGGGGAUCUGACCCCCCACCCCUACCCCAUGCUAAUGAGGUAUUUAUCACGCAAAUAGUGCUGACCAGUUCUAAAAAUACACGCUGAGCAUGGCGCAUUUUCUCAUCAUUUCCUAUUUGAAAAAACUUGAACUAUCUGUAGUCGCCAUUUCCAUUGAUUGGCCCACCAAAGCGAAAGGCUGUAGUCUCAUGCCCACGUCAUCAGCUCACAAAAUGGUGGAGUCUUCCUGGGUUUGAGACGGUCAGCAUUUAUGCCAUCAGGCAAAACGUAAUGGAAGACAAAUUUUGAUGAAUAUCAUGUAACAGAUCGAAAUUAUAUAUAUACGUAUAUAAGUUAAUAAAUAUACUUUGAUUUUGUCUCUAGAUUUGAAAUAAAUUGUUUAAAAUAUUGGAGUUAUUGAAUUCUGACACCAUUUUAUUUUGUUUCAGGUGCUGAGGCCAAUCGGUUAGACCGCGCAUACUAUGCUUUAAGAAUGGAGACGGUUGCCGACGUCGUCAAGCAUUGGGCGGUCGCUGAACCGGAUGCGGAAGUGCUGACAUUUGUAAACAAACAUGGCCGGCUGUGCGUGUACACUCCGUCGAGGAUCUACACCGAGGCCGGGAGGUUCGCCUCGCGACUCCUGCAGUUCGGGUUCUCUCGCGGGGAUGUCAUUGCCAAUGGGAUACCCAACUCCCCCGAGAGGCUUGUGACGGACAUGGGGAUAAUACUGUCAGGCUGCGUGACUGUCAACUGUCAGGUAAGUCAGUUUACGUAGUCGUGUGUUGGGUGUAGAUGUUGGCAGUGACGGACACUUACUUGGGUUGUAUGUGUAGGAACUGACUAGGGCUCUAUGUGUAGGAACUGACUAGGGCUCUAUGUGUAGGAACUGACUAGGGCUCUAUGUGUAGGAACUGACUAGGGCUUUAUGCCUGGGAAAUGAUUAGGGCUGUAUGUCUGAAGACUGAAUAGGGCUCUAUGUAUGGGAACUGGCUAAAGCUCUAUGUCUGGGAACUGACUAGAACAAAGUAUGCAUGAAAUAUCCUUGUUCCUGUCAAUGACCAUUUAUGUGCGAGAAAAAAAAACAACAACAAAAUUAUAAAAAAAAAAACUGCGCUGCUUUACAUGUAACACUGCUUGCAUCUACUUGUGACGGACCAGCAGAUGCACUACGAAAGAACCUGUGCCAAAAUUAUAAUUUUUUUUUCAAAAAGUGUACCUGUGCUGACCGGUGAAUAUAGGCUCCUAAGUCAUCGCAGGUUCAACUAUUUCGGAAGUGCUUUUUUUGGAAGCACGGAUCUAAGGUACAUUUGAAUGAUGAUGCAAAAACAUGUUGGACUACUGUAUUUAAAUUAAUUAAAACUGAAAUCCAAUAACAGAAGAUAUGUUUUUUUUUGGCUACUUAAACGCUCAUUGCUUGUAUCCCGACCGUGUCUUUGCAGGUGUUUGAACGAGAUGGGGCAGAUUUUUGGAACACCGCCAACCUGGCCGGCUGCAAAGGGGUCAUCGUGUCCACACGGAGCACCGACCCGGCGUUUCGACUCUUCCAGCCGCUCUUGCCGCAGCCGGAUCAGACCUCCGGCUGUGCAGAAGUAACAACCCACCUGGCGAGCGGACUCCGGAAGGUCGUGCUGUGCAGCCGCGACGACACCGACAACACGUCUCUACUGCGGAGCCUGCAGUCCAGCGACGAGGAAAUCUUCGUCUCUCAGAUCGACCCCGACGAUCUGGCCGUCCUGUUCGCCACCUCAGGAACUUCCGGAUUCUGUAAGCUCGUGCCGAGGACCCACGCAGAAAUCCUGCGGGCGGGCAGGUCGUUUAAAGGCGGGAAGGAUGUGAAAUAUUUUUCCGACCGUCCGUUCGGAUGGAUGGGCGGAUUUCCGUUUGAUUACCUGGCCCACUGCUCACACAGGGUCUUACAGGUGAGGCUUUCCGUUUGAUUACCUGGCCCACUGCUCACACAGGUUCUUACAGGUGAGGCUUUCCGUUUGAUUACCUGGCCCACUGCUCACACAGGUUCUUACAGGUGAGGCUUUCCGUUUGAUUACCUGGCCCACUGCUCACAUAAGGGCUUACAGAACACAGGUUCUUACAGGUGAGGCUUUCCGUUUGAUUACCUGGCCCACUGCUCACACAGGUUCUUACAGGUGAGGCUUUCCGUUUGAUUACCUGGCCCACUGCUCACAUAGGGUCUUACAGGUGAGGCUUUCCGUUUGAUUACCUGGCCCACUGCUCACACAGGGUCUUACAGGCGAGGGCUUUCCGUUUGAUUACCUGGCCCACUGCUCACACAGGGGGUUACAGGUGAGGCUUUCCGUUUGAUUACCUGGCCCACUGCUCACACAGAGCGUUACAGGUGAGGCUUUCCGUUUGAUUACCUGCGCUCUGGUAUCGAGGAAUAUCAUGAGCAUGUUAAUGAGAAAUAGUACAGGCUUGAAGUAAUAAUUACAGCACCAGAUUAUGGAAACCCCCAACCAUAUUCGUGAAGACCAUAAAUUCAAUUUAAAAUUACUAUUAUUAUUUUUGAAAAUACAGACACAGGAAUUAAUGCCUAAUAUUUCAGAUUUCACAAUAAAAAAAAAAAAGAAAAAUAAAAAGAAAGAAAAGACGUUUAUUCUUGUCAGUGGUGUAGGACGGGGUGCCAAGGGCGCAGCCCGACCUUAGGGGGGGGGUCCCUUUUUCCUUAUAAUUAAGAGGCUGGAUUUUGUCUGUCAACUGCAGUAACUGCAGAUUUUAUUGGGUGGUUCUAGUCCUUGGUUGUUGUAUGUUUACUAAUAUUUCAGAUUUCACAAUAAAAAAAAAAAGAAAAAUAAAAAGAAAGAAAAGACGUUUAUUCUUGUCAGUGGUGUAGGACGGGGUGCCAAGGGCGCAGCCCGACCUUAGGGGGGGGGGGUCCCUUUUUCCUUAUAAUUAAGAGGCUGGAUUUUGUCUGUCAACUGCAGUAACUGCAGAUUUUAUUGGGUGGUUCUAGUCCUUGGUUGUUGUAUGUUUACACUAAUACGAUAUACAACAACAACUACUGCUGGGUACAAGUCAAACAGACAUCUGGUCACAGUCAUGAUAAUCACCUAUUAUUUAAAACAACAAUCAUAUAUUGUGAUCAAAUUAAAUAUAAUGGCAACAAUUGCAUAUUUUAAUAUAAAAAAAUCACAUACUUUAACAACAUCACCCAUAUUAUAAUAGCUAACAGCACACAUUUCGUAUACAAAAAGAGCAUCGGCCAUUUCCAAAUUUCUAAAACGAACGUUGCUAUUUUUAGCACGCUAACUCAGACGCCUCGUGGAGUGUGCACGUAAGCUAUAAAUAGAUUGAUUGAUUGGGCAGCCAAAAACUAACGACCGAAACAAAUGCAACGUUCACCUUACUGUUGUUAUGAUGUUUGGUGCAGGACAAAUACAGUGGGGAACAGGCCCUCAUCAGCCGUGACCUCUGGACAGUGAUCAGUCGCGAGAAGUGUACCGGCGCGGCCAUUUUGCCCUUGACCUUGCUGGAACUUAUUGAAGACUUCAAGGACACCAAGCCGGAGUUCAAACUGCCGUUUAUUGUUACGGGCGGACAAUCAAUCAAAAAGGUUUGUGGCUUUCCACCUCUUAAACUUGAAGCAUAACUUAUGUGAUUCGCAAACCUUCUGACAUACAGUUUAUGUGAUAAGCAAACUAUCUGACAUACAGUUCAUGUGAUAAGCAAACCUACUGACAUACAGUUCAUGUGAUAAGCAAACUAUCUGACAUACAGUUCAUGUGAUAAGCAAACCUACUGACAUACAGUUUAUGUGAUACGCAAACCUUCUGACAUACAGUUUAUGUGAUAAGCAAACCUCUUGACAUACAUUUUAUGUGUUAAGCAAACCUUCUGACCUACAGUUUAUGUGAUAAGCAAACCUUCUAACAUGCAGUUUUAUGUGAUAAGAAACCUUCUGACAAAAAGUUCAUGUGAUAAGCAAACCUCCUGACACUCAGUUUUUGUGAAACGCAAAACUUCAUACACACAAUUUAUGUGAUACGCAAAACUUCAUACACACAAUUUAUGUGAUACACAAAACUUCAUACACACAAUUUAUGUGAUACGCAAAUCUUCCUACAGACCAGUUUAAGUGAUACCAAAACCUUCACACACACACACACGUUAAUGUGAUAAAGCAAACCUCCUGACCUACUUCCCCCACCUGUUCUAUUGUACAGAACCUAUCGGCCGCCCUGGGCCUGCUGACCGACAACAUCGUGGUGUCCUACUCGUCCUCCGAGGUCGCCAUGGUGUGUGUCGGCAACAUCACGGCCACUGACCAGUUCAAUGAUUUCUACUCUGGGAAGCCCAGUCCAGGCAUCGAGAUCCUCAUAGUCGAUGAGCAAGGGAGAAAGCUGGGUCCGAACCAAGAGGGCGAGAUUUAUAUCAAAUGUAAGUACGUCGUGAAGGUGUGCGUACACGUACGUCGUCAAAGUGUGUGUACACGUACAUCGUCAAAGUGUGCGUACACGUGCUUCAUUGAAAUGUUUACGUUGGUAAAGUGUGUGUAAAUUUACGUUGUUAAAGUGUGUGUACACGUACGUUGUUAAAGUGUGUGUACACGUACGUUGUUAAAGUGUGUGUACAUGAACGUCGUGAAAAUAAGUGUACACGUACGUCGUUAAAGUGUAUGUAAACGUACGUUGUUAGAGUAAUUUUACGUCACAGCCAACGGUUAGUGUUCUGACCUAUGGCAUCACGCAGGGUUGUAAAGUAAUCGGUCACAAACAACACCAAUCUGUUGUACAAUUCUGUUGACUUGAGACCAGCUGAGCACCAUGAUUUAAUGACAGCACGGGCAAUAUCCCUAAAUAGCGCCCGGAGACGAACAUUUACCUAUCAUAUAACAUUGGUAGCGUUCACAUACCUAGGUACACAAAUUAUUGGAUGUAUUCGAACUGUGCUCGACUUAACUAUGUUGCUCAAGGGCGAUUAGUCUGUGUGCUUAGAGACAUUCCAUUUAUGUCUGGGGUGCUUUCAGGCCAGCCACACUGACCCAGAUGGAGUGCUUCCAGGCCAGCCACACUGACCCAGAUGUGGUGCUUCCAGGCCAGCCACACUGACCCCGAUGUGGUGCUUCCAGGCCAGCCACACUGACCCCGAUGUGGUGCUUCCAGGCCAGCCACACUAACCCCGAUGCAUUGCGUUUCUUGUCAUUUAACAGUUUCCAUUUCUAUGUACCUUGUUUAUCAACAGUUUCCAUUCUACUGUACCAUGUUUAUCAACAGUUUCCAUUCUACUGUACCAUGUUUAUAAACAGUUUCCAUUCUCCUGUAUCAUAUUUAUCAACAGUUUCCAUUCUACUGUACCAUAUUUAUCAACAGUUUCCAUUUCUCUGUACCAUGUUUAUCAACAGUUUCCAUGUCUCUGUACCAUGUUGAUCAACAGUUUCCUUUCUUCUGUUUCAGCACCUUUCAUGAUGACCAACUACUACCCGCCCCAGCCCAUCAGCUCAAUUUUUAGCCCAGAUGGCUUUUUCAAAACCGGCGACCGGGGCCUGCUGACCGAAGCUGACCACCUGUACUGCUACGGCCGGGCGGGUGAAGUGAUCUCCCAGGGAGCUGUGCUCGUGUACACCAGCUGGCCGGAAGGGAUUCUGGGGAAAUGCCCGGACGUAAGUGAUGCCAUCGUGGUCAACAUGCCGGACACGUCCGGUGAAGACAGACUCAUCGCUUGCGUUGUACCGAGACCAGGCUCCGGCCUGACCAAGGCGAAACUGUUGCAUUUUUACCAGUCAUCUUUCAUGUCGAUGCCAUCAUCAUCCCAGCCUCCCACGUCUCCAUCAGUAUUUUGUCGUCCUGAAAUAUCGGACAUCUUGUUCUUUGAACAGUUUCCGGAGACACAGACAGGAAAAGUUAGCACGCGGGACUUAAAAUCCAUUGUCAGACAAAGACUGGCAUUGUAGUUCUCUUGUUGAAAUCCAUUGCCCAACAAAGACUGGCAUUGCAGUUCUGUUGUUGAAAUCCAUUGUCCAACAAAGACUUGCGUUGUAGGUCUGUUGUUGAAAUCCAUUUUCAGACAAAGACUGGCAUUGUAAUUAUGUUGUUGAAAUCCAUUGUCCCACAAAAACUGACAUUGUGAUGUUAAAAUCCAUUAUCAGACAAGUCAGAAUGGCUGGCAUUGCUGUUCUUUUGUUAAAAUCCAUUAUCAGACAAGUCAGAAUGGCUGGCAUUGCUGUUCUCAUGUUAUAGUCAUUGUAAGAUAAACACACGGGAAGUAGGUCUUGUAUCCAAGGUUGGAUUAAUGUUACUUAAUUGUCAGGUAACAGUAAUCUAACCAAGAUUUUUCUAUAUCCGUUAUAAAAUGGACAUGUUAAAUAGUCCUAACUUAAAUAUCCAUAUCAAUCUAUAAAUAUCAGUUGAUAUAUAUACAUAUUUAUAUAUAUUUAUUAAUUGAUAAAGAUAUAAUUUAUAUAAAUAUAUAUAAUUCAUAGAUAUAAUAAAUAUAUUGAAUUGAUAUUUAUAGAUAUAAUAAAUGUAUUGAUACAUAAAUAUUUAUACAUACA